AUGGUAUUCGCUGCUCAUUAUAGGUGCGGAUGCUUCAUCUUCAUCCACCACCAACGCCAAUACAUCCCCCUUGUCAAAACCGAGGCACGGAGUCUCAUCCUCGCCAACGCCUCACGCACAUCCCUCACACAGACAUUUGUCAACCCCCUUAAGGACCGAAAUUUGGAAGAGCUUCGAUACGAGUUCCCCCUUUACGACGGUGUUUCUGUCGUCUCUUUCACCUGCACAGUCAACGACCGUGUCAUUCAUGGCCGUGUUAAGGAGCGCCAAAAGGCCCGCGAGACCUAUGAUGAGGCGGUCCGCCAGGGCCAGACCGCCGGUCUACUUGACCAGUCCCUCGAUGCGUCUGAUGUCUUCACCAUGAGGAUAGGCAACGUCCCGGCCGGCGCCCAGGUAAAAGUUGAGAUUGUGUACUUGGGCGAGCUUAAACAUGACGCAGAGAUUGACGGCUUGCGUUUCACCCUGCCCACGUUUAUCGCGCCUCGAUAUGCGGCGUCAGAACUCGUUGGUACCCAUGGGGAUUCCAACGCACAGGCUACCGGAGGGCUCUCGGUCACUGUUGAUGCUCAGCUUCCAGUCGGUUCCUCGAUUAAGACGGUCCAGUCUCCCUCACACCCCAUAUCCGUCCAGAUUGGUUCUUGCUCGACGGACUCCAAUACGGAUGAACCGUCACUCCAGAAGGCAUCAGCAACUCUAUCGCUAGGGUCUACAGAGAUGGACAAGGACUUUAUCCUUCAGCUUUCCGCAACCAAGCUCGGCGACCCGAGCGCGGUGCUGGAGACACAUCCCACUAUCCCCAACCAGCGUGCUCUCAUGGCCACUCUGGUUCCCAAGUUCAACCUCCCCGCGGACAAGCCCGAGAUUGUCUUCGUCUGUGAUCGGAGUGGGAGCAUGGGCGGCGGGCAGCAGAUCCCCAAUCUCAUCAACGCACUCAACACCUUCCUCAGGUCCCUCCCCGUCGGUGUCAAGUUCAACAUCUGCAGCUUCGGCAGCAGCUACGAGUUCCUGUGGCCCAGGUCCCAGUCGUACAGCCAGGACAGUCUCAAUAAGGCCGUCAACUACGUCAAGACGUUCUCCGCCAACUUCGGGGGCACCAACAUGUACCAGCCCGUGGAGGAGACCUUCAAGCGCCGCUACGAGGACAUGAACCUGGAGGUGUUCCUCCUCACUGACGGUGAGAUCUGGGAUCAAGAGAAGCUCUUUGAGCUGAUCAACGCCCAGGUGGCGAGCACCAAGGGCGCAACCCGCAUAUUCUCCCUUGGAAUUGGCCAUGGCGUGAGUCACGCUCUCAUCGAGGGUGUCGCCCGAGCCGGUAAUGGCUUCGCUCAGACUGUAGCCGACAACGAGAAGAUGGACAAGAAGGUCGUGCGGAUGCUCAAGGGUGCAUUGACCCCCCAUAUCACGGACUACAGUCUUGAGAUCAAGUACUCGCAAAAGCCGGAGAACAAAACAGAUGACGAUGAGGACUUUGAGCUGGUUGAGAAGGUUGAAAGCCUGACGUUCUCUGACGCCACUGCAACCGAGUCCGAGAAACCACCCGCUUACCAGGCCCCGAAGCCCACUCUCUCACUGUUCGAUAAUAGCAUCAAGGACAAUGAGGACCCUGAGCCUCCCAAUGCCUCUGGUGCCGAUGGCAAGUUCGAUCACCUCCCGGAUAUCAAGAACCCGACCUACCUCCAAUCACCCUACCAGAUCCCCCCCUUGUUCCCAUUCCACCGCUCCAACGUCUACGUCCUUUUAUCGGAAUCCUCACCAAGCAAGGUGGCCAAGUCCGUCGUGCUCAGGGGCACCUCGCGCCACGGUCCCCUCGAGCUGGAGAUCCCAAUCACCGUACUCCCCGAGAACGGCGAGAUGAUCCAUCAGCUAGCCGCCCGAAACGCCGUCAAGGAGCUGGAGGAGGGCCGCGGCUGGAUCUUCCACGCCAAGGACUCCAGGACCGGCCAGCUCCUCAAGACGCAGCACGACGGCCGCUUCUCCGACCUGGUCGAGCGCGAGGCCGUCCGCCUGGGCGUCACCUACCAGGUUGGCGGCAAGUGGUGCUCCUUCGUCGCGGUUGACAGCGAAGGAGGUGACGACCAGGCCCAGCCUCAGGCCCAACCCGUUAUGGAGAAGGAAUCGGUCAGCCAUAUGGCGUUUGCCCCUACUUUUGGGGCUGCAGCGCCAGGAGGUGGUGGAUUUGGUGGCAGACAGUUCAGAAGAGUAAGAGCCGCAUAUACACCAAGUUCUGCUAAAGGAGGUGCGCUUGCAUCCCAGCCGACAGGAGGUCUGUUCGGUGCUCCCGGCGCCGCUCCUCCUCCUCCUCCACCACCACCCGCCCCAUCCAGUGUUUUGCGAAAAAUGAACCCGUUCACCUCCAUGUUCAAAGCCGCACCGCAGGCGCAGGCCGCGCCGGAAGCUUCGGCUUUCUUCAGUGCUUCUUCAUCCGCGUUCGGUGCCCCUUCUGGGUCCGAAUUGCUCGGUUCGAUGUCCCCAGCCUCCUUCGGCGGUGCUCCUCCUCCUCCGCCUCCUCCGCGUGCUCCUGCCCCAUUGAUGAGUGCCACGUACCUCCCAUCCGGUGACAGCCUUGGGAGGAGUGCUGGGAACCCUGGAGGAUCUAGUGGGACUCACGACCACCUCCUCCAGAAACUAUCGGGGUCUCUCGUCUCGAGGAAGAAGAAGAAGAAGUCUGCAGCUCCCAGCGCGAAGGAUUCAUUGGAUGAGGAAGAAGAGGCGGACGACGGCCGCGGUGGCGGGCAGCAGCAGCGACAGCUGACGGGGGAUAACCUGCAGGACAUCAUCUCCCUGCAGGAGUUCUCCGGGAACUGGGGUUGGACCGACUCGCUGGAGCAGAUCACCGGCGUGAAGCGCGACGCGGCGAAAACUGCCGCGGAGAAGUCGGGGCUGAGCCUCGACGGCCGCAGCCCGGACGUCCUGUCGACGGUUUGCGCCGUCGUGUUCCUCCGCGUCAAGCUGGCGGGCGAGAAGGAGGCGUGGGAGAUGAUUGCCUCCAAGGCCGUGUCGUGGCUCGAGGAGCAGCUGGGGAGCGAGGAGGAGAUUCAGAAGUGGGAGAUGGCGCUGGAGGGGUUGUUUGCUGGAUCCAAUUGA